AAAUCCGCCCCUUCAACAUGACGGCAGACGAACGUCGUCCUCGAACUGGCAAGCAGGAAUCAGUCCGGGUUAUUGUACGAUGUCGACCAUUAUCCCAAGUAGAAAUAGAGCAAGGACAUCAGAGUCCCAAUAGAGCAUUAACAAGAAGUUUAUAUUCUGGAGAAAAAGCAAAGAUCUGUUUCAGCAUUGUGUCGAUGUAUCCGGACCGAGGCCUUGUAGAACUACGAAACCCUAAAGAUCUCCAUGAACCGUCGAAAGACUUCACUUUUGAUGCAAUCUACAAUGAGAGUUCAAAGCAACUCGAUCUCUAUGAUGAAACAUUCCGAGACCUAGUCGACUCAGUGCUUAACGGUUUCAACGGUACCAUCUUUGCAUAUGGACAAACGGGAACUGGAAAGACAUAUACCAUGGAAGGGAAACCUUCGGUGCCGGAAGAAAGAGGAGUGAUCUACAAUUGUUUUGAACAUAUAUUUCAACAUAUAGCCCAAUCUCGAAAUCAGCAAUAUUUAGUUAGAGCCAGUUAUUUAGAAAUAUAUCAGGUUGGUUUUUAUAGUCUUCUUAAAAAUUCGCGAAUCGUCAAAAAUCUCAUCGAAGACCUUCGUGAUCUCCUAAGUAAAGAUGAC